AUGUAUGUGCAAAAGUUGGAUCCUAUUAUGACUACUCAGCGCAUAUCCUCAUGGAAGGAAAUUACUCAAAUGUUUAUUUCUGAUAAAAAAGAAUAUGAAAAAUUCAAGGAAAGAUGUUUGGAUGAUUACAUCACACGGGCAAGAUUAAGAGAGAUAUAUGAUGACCAACUGGACGAGAAAAUUAGUCAACACACAAAUUUACACGCAGAAUUGAAUAUAUUGACCAAAAUAGUAGAUCAGAAAUAUCGAAGAUAUAAUAUCAUCACUUCUGGAACGCAUAAUAAGAUAUAUCAUAGAUGGAUGCUUCCAAAUCCAAGGGAUACUACCUUUGGGAAAGAUGCCCAAUCAUAUAUUUUAGCAAAUCUUAAUCUUAUCAUAAAUGAAGAAAUAACGAUAGCAAAACAUACUAAUGUGACGUCGAUAUCUGAUAGUGCAUUGAUUCGGAAAACUUGA